AUGGACAGAUCUGACUAUGACUUGGAGUAUGACAGCUACCCAGAUGACCUCUACGGCAGAGUGUUUGACUACCAGCGUGUCCCAGCCUCCGUAAUGCCAGUCCCAGUGGAGCCCAGCCCUAUGAAACACUCCCGUGAUCCCUCUUUCUCCUCCGGCCUGCACCGCUCCAGAGACAGACCACAGGGCAAGAGGAGCACACAGCGCACUGGCUCUUCCAGGGCCAAAUUGAAGAUGGCAGAGCUGCUGGCCAUAAAGCGGGAGUUAACUCUGAUCAAGGUGCAAAUUGACGGACUGCUCGACAGCGUGGACAAGAUGGACAGACAGAGGAAGGACCACUCAGAUUCACCUCCUACCCAGGAGGGCAGUGUGUCGGACUCAGUGAGCAGUCUGGAAGAUUCUCCCGUCAGCCUCCCACACAGACAGAGGGAGAGCCCAGAGCCUGGAGAGGCCAGCGAUGAUGACCAACACCUCCAACACUACCAGCGCCACUGCAGGAUAAAUAACCAUCAAUCUGAUCUGGAGGGUGACAUGUGAGGAGAUCAGACUCAAGGACCUCAGUGACAGCAGCACACAGAGAUGGAGGGGGAUUGAAGUGAAAGGAGGCGUGUUCAUCUCUAAUCACAGUCAACACGGACACAACCCUCAAAUAAAUAUACUGUUCAUUACAAAGUAGAGCUGGGGCGAUAAACCGGAAAUUAUCGACAACAACCAUACCGAUCACGUAUCACAGGCAUUUUGCUGAUAUCGUUCAUUACGAUAAGUAGCCUAUACUAGAGAAAUGUGUAGUUUGAAAUGAAAUAAGUUUGUAAAAUGGGUGAUAGUCAAUGGGACAAUUGAUGGCUACAACCAUCAAACUAGUAGUAGUAGUUUAAAGGAUAAUAAAAAAAACUGGUGUACAUCAAUGUUAAAAACGUAUCAUUCUAUUUAUCGUAAUUGCAUCAAUUCAGGCAAUUUUUCGCGAUAUGGAUUUGGUCCAUAUCGCACAGCUGUAUUACAAAGUUGGAUCAUCAGUGAAUUGUUUUGUUUGAUGAAUAGGACAUAUCUCCCUGGUUACCCUUGGUUCCUUUAUCACAGUCAGAUUCUGCUCACCUUCGUGUCUCCAUCUCUCCUUUAAAACAGGUUCCUACUGAUUUAUGGGCUCAACCAAAUAUGGCAGCUUUAAAAAAAAGUGUAGUCUCUUGCGAAAGGGGACUGACAACCAGUGGUGGUUCUAGCUUGUAUGGCUCCCUGGGUGAACCCCCCCACCCUUCAGCAAAUCCUAUAUCACACAAAUACACAAAUAGAAUAACACACUUAAAAAGAAGAGAACCGGAUUAUUACACUAUUGCACUUCAAACAAGAAACACACAAAUUAAAUUGCAAAACUAAUUGCAUUACUAAUUGCAUUAGUACUGUACAAAGUUAGAGGUGCGCUAUUUGAUAGAUUCCCCCGCUCCUCCUACCUCGGGCUUCCAGUGGGGAGACCUGACGUCAACCUACCCCGCCCCC